AUGUUGGCAACGGUCUUUUGCAAUGCUCAUGGCGACGAUCGUGGUUUGUUUAUCCUACGCUAAUUCUCUCCUGUUUAUGUCCCUGUCCUAAAAAAUUACCUGUAAUUCACCAAUGAUCUAUUGCGGAACUCAAAAGUGCUUCUGUCGCGUGACACACAGCUAGUUUGAUUGCAGCCAUGAGCCGGAACUCAAACGAUUCUGAGGAAGACGGCGAGAUUGACCGCGAAGAAACUCGAUACAACGUUUAUGGUAACUCUCAGUCUGCUGGAAAGGGAUUUGUUGAGCAGAAUGAUGACAGUGAUAGCUACGACACUGAGGACGGCAGCGAGGAUGCGUUAAAUAUUCAACCACCACAAGCAGCAAUUCCCGUCCCUAAACGAGACAGAAGGGAUCGCAAACGGGAGAAACACUCACGAAAACAUGAAUCAUCCAGAAGCAGAAAAGAUCGGAGGCACAGCAGCCGAGAACGAGGCGGCAGCCACCGCGACAGCCGCCGUGCGGGGGAGGGUCGCGGAGGUCACAGCCGCGACCAGAGAGAUGCGCACGAACGCGAUUCGACAAGGCACAGGCAGCACCGUGCGGAAGAAAAAAGUUCCAGGGUGGAGCCGAGGCCCAGGGCCACAAGCGACAAGGAAGGACGAGCGAACGAGAAGGAACAGAGGCCCGCCAGGGACAGCGGAAGGAGCUCCGCGCGGCAGGAAGUCAAGGAACUGCCUCCGAGCAGGGAGGUCCGCGACGCACGGGAAAGGAUUCGGGAAGCCAGAGAGGCGAGGGAGAGGGAAGAGAAAGAGCAAACCAACCCUGCCGACCUUGAGCGAGAACGUUUCCUGUAUUGGCAACAAAAUUUCACACGUGUACGCAGAGAACGGCUACAGAGGGAGUGGAGGAAAGAACGCCUCAUGGUCGUCGAUCAGUCCCUAAGUCAGAGAGAUCGAGAACGCGAGCAACGGAGGCUGGAAUCACAGCGUCGUAAGAGGGACGACAACAGCAAGCCGCAACAGUACGUGAGCAAAGCUGAAGAGCAGGCGACGGCUCGGGACAGGAGCAGGAGUCCAAUUUCCCAUAGCAGACAAACGGACGACCAGUCGGGUAGUGAUCCGGGAAUUUCGUUGGAAAUUGAGGAUGACCCCCUCACUGAUAUGGAGGAAGACGAUGCCAGCUCCCCUCCGCAACAGCGUACCUUCCCUCAGGCCGCAGAAAAUAAUGUGGCGCAGACGGUUGUUGCAGACGACACCAGUUCGAACGAUGAUGAAAACGAGGAGGAUUCAGAGAAGACGUCGUCUGACACGACCAGCGACUCCAGCAGUGACUCUGACGAUAGCAGUAGCAGCACUGAUUCGGAGGAUGACGAUAAGAACACCGAAGAAGAGAAGGUUGAUGGGGAUGCCUCAGAGAAGAACAACCAGUCUAACGACAAAGAAGCUGCAGCAAAGAACGACGUGGCACCCGCAGAGCCCCCAACCCCAUCAAUCGACGACAUUCUGUCGCAGUUUCCACCUUACUUGCCAGCCAUCCAAGGUUGCCGAAGCGUUGAAGAGUUCCACUGCCUCAACCGCAUCGAGGAAGGCACAUACGGCGUUGUGUACAGGGCGCGAGAUAAACAAACAAAUGAAAUAGUUGCACUGAAGAGACUCAAGAUGGAAAAGGAGAAAGAAGGUUUUCCAAUCACCUCCCUCCGUGAAAUCAACACCUUGCUCAAAGCGCAACAUCCAAACAUUGUCACAGUCAGGGAAAUUGUUGUAGGAAGCAACAUGGAUAAAAUAUACAUAGCAAUGGAAUACGUGGAGCAUGACCUCAAAAGCCUAAUGGAAGUGAUGAAACAGCCUUUCCUCGUGGGCGAAGUGAAGACGUUGAUGCUUCAGCUGUUGAGGGCUGUUGCGCAUCUGCAUGAUAACUGGAUCCUGCACCGCGACUUGAAGACGUCGAACUUGCUGCUUAGCCACAAGGGCAUACUCAAGGUUGGAGAUUUUGGUCUUGCCAGAGAAUAUGGGUCACCCCUGAAGCACUACACCCCCAUCGUUGUCACCCUGUGGUAUCGUGCACCCGAGCUCCUCUUGGGAGUGAAGGAAUACUCUACACCGAUUGACAUGUGGUCCGUGGGUUGCAUCUUUGGGGAGCUGCUCACAAUGAAGCCACUGUUUCCUGGAAAAUCGGACAUCGAUCAGCUCAAUAGGAUAUUCAAGGAUCUCGGAACGCCGAGCGAAAAGAUUUGGCCGGGAUAUUCGGAAUUGCCCCUCGUGAGAAAAGUGACCUUCACAGAGUACCCCUACAACAGCUUGAGGGGUCGUUUUGGCCAUACCUUGUCAAACCUGGGCUUCGAUCUAUUAAACAAGUUCUUAACAUAUUAUCCGAGCCAGCGUAUAACAGCAGAAGAUGCUCUACGCCACGAGUUCUUCAAGGAAACACCUGUUCCUGUAGAGCCUUCUAUGUUUCCAACAUGGCCUGCAAAAAGUGAACUUGGCCACCGAAAGGCUCAGAGCCCAAAGCCCCCCUCUGGUGGAAAGCAGUUUGCAAAACAACUGGGCGAGGGAGAUGAAGAGGGUCUCCUGGCAGCCGCAGCAGGAUUUCACAUGAAGAUCCCCAACAAAGGAAGCUCUGCUCAGGGAACAGGCUUCAGGCUUAAGUUCUAGGCUGCAACUGUUUAAAAUACACAUGAAUCAUUGUAAAUACAUACAUACCUGUAAAAAAAAAAAAAAAGUCAUAUUUCUCUGA